AUGCAACUCGACAUCCGCAGCAUGCUACGUCACUUCGGCUUCGAGGCCGACCUCCGUACCCAGUGCAUCAUUUUGGCGGGCAUCCUGACCGCUGUGUUGCCCCUGGAGAUCCACCACCUUCUUGCAAUGGUGUUGGGGGCAGCGGGGUACAUGUUCCUUCAACAGCUUGAGCCCUCGGUGCGCCGGCGGUCCGAGCUGCUGGAGGUCAAGAAACCGGUGCGACGCUCCGCUGGCUCCGCUGGCUCCGGCGUAGGUGCUGAGGAGAAGAUGGAGAAGGAGAACGCCGAGCGUGUAGAACGACGGCCCAAAGAAGUGAAGAAACCCAGUGUCGUCCCAGUCCAGGCACCCAAGUUUCAAGCCAUCGGCUGGGACGCAGAGGUUGCAGCGCCUGGACGGGCAACAUGGGUUUCAAACCAACCAGCUGAGGAUGCACGAUCCAUUUUUGGGGAGCUGAGGAUGUAA